UUUAAUUGUUUUCUGUAAUUAGUGAAAGUGUAAGUAAUUUGCUUUACAACACUAAGCUGUGAACUUAUCUCCUGAAAGAUGAUACAAAUGUGACAAAAUCAUAAAAUUCCAUGUAAAAAGAACUUAUAAUAAAAAUUAUGCUAACAGAUAUGCGCCUGGGGACGUUAACAAUCCCACCCGGUAUGAAUAGGGUUAAUGAGCUAAUAGAUCUAAAAAAAUUGCUAACAUAAGGGUUAUACAUACAAUGGCAGCGGACACCACGUAUAAUGUGAGAGCAGUUUUGACACAAAAAAUAAGGGCCAGAUCGACAAUGGCAUAGCCUCAUUGAAGUUAUGGUUAAAGCAGAACAAAGAGGAUGCGCUCUAAACAUUUCAGUAGAAAAAACGUGCUACCUACAUCACUAAAGGCAGUCCCACAUAAAAUUGCGUUAAGAAACGCCCUAGCUCAGGCAUCAUCAUCUAUAGCCAACUUUUCCCAUUAAAGUUAUUAUUGUCUCAAUACAACAAACGCACACCACCCCAUAUGACCUGACCGACGGGUUACCCCACCAGGUAAAUAGAACGCCAUGUUUACACAAUGAGUUCAAUGCUUUUUUCACAACAAUCCUACAGGCAUCAAGCAAUUUUUAUAUGUGGGCCCCGAGUGCACUGAUAUCACAGUGGGUGACCUGUAUGACUGAUUCAAAUACAAAUGCAGAGGAAAUCGUUUAUAGUAGCGAAUCUAAUGAAGAUCAUCCAAUUGGAAUAGAACCAGUUUAUAAGAGGAAACAACUUCCCGACUUAGAACCAAGGCAGCAGAAAACUAAUGAAUGGACCAGCGCAGCUACUUCAAAGCUCACGCGCUAUUUGACAGUUUGGAGAACGUGAGCAUGACGGGUACAUAUUUUUCACGGUGACGUCAUAUCAACAUCAUGACGUCAUACUGUUCAACGCAGCAAGUCAUUGGUGCACUUUGGGAGAUGAUGCCAUAAAGACUGCAAUACUGUUUAAUAGAUUCUUUAUCUGUUGUUUAAAUAUAUAACCCUCACUGAAAAAGUUAAUAUAUAUCUAUUAUCGACGUUUUAUAUUUUAAAAUGAUGUCUCCAAAGGUUUCUGUGGUGAUUUGUAUUAUAACCACAACACCGACUUUCAAUCAUUAUUUAUGGCAUGGACAUUAAAAACAUUGCUCUACUAAAAGAAAAUAGACUUAGGGUUCAGAAUAAGAUACCAGAGUUUAAUGAAAAAUGGCAUCAUUGAAGGAAGGCAUCAUAGUUACCAUGUUGAUUUGUGUAAUAAUCACAGCAUCCACUUUCAUCAUCAUGUAUGACAUGGACGUUACAAACAUUACUCGACUGAGAAAAUAUAUUUCUGUACCUUCCGUAUUCAAUGAUAGAGAGUUCACUAUAGGAAUGAAAGACACGAACAAAAAAUAUAUAUGCAUCGGCAUUGGUUGUGCUGUCAGUACCAAAGGGUUUAAUAUGUCGUUGGUUUUGUCCACACUUCCAGUUUUUACAACACUGAUGCCAAGUUUCUGUGAGACAGUUUCAAAAGGCUACUCCUAUCAUUUCUACAUUAGCUACGAUUACACGGAUGCUUUCUUCAAAGAACAAAAUUCGCGAGAUAGUUUCAAGGCUAAAUUUAUGGACAUGGUCAAAAAGCUUUGCUCAUCGUCUAUUCCUAUAUAUCUGCAUUUUGUUCGCUGCCCAUGCAAAGGUGCUCCAGCGCAUGCUCAGAAUUAUGCAAUGAUAGCGGCGUACAAUGACUCAAUGGACUACCUUUACCGAAUUAAUGACGACACAAAAAUGGUGACAAAGUCAUGGACCGAAACAUUUAUCUCUGAACUAUCCAAGUUUAAUCCACCAAAUGUUGGCGUUGUUGGACCAAAUCAUCAAGGAGGAAACACAGCUAUUAUGACGUACGAUUUCGUUCACAGGACACAUAUCGAUAUAUUUGGGUUUCAUUAUCCUGCUGUUUUUACGGGUUGGUUUGCCGACGAUUGGAUAACAGAGGUCUAUAAACCAAAUAGAUCUAAGAAAAUUGCUAACGUAAAGGUUAUACACACUAUGGCAGUGGGCACCAGAUAUAACGUUAGAUCAGAUUUGGCAACAAAAGUAAAAGGUCAGGUGGAACACGACAAAAAGACAUUGAACUCAUGGUUAAAGAAGAACAAACUGUGAUGUAUGCUGAAACUUUAACGUAUUAUUCAUAAGCCAGGACAUAGAUUGUUCCAGCGACUCCGGCAAGAUGAGGAAUAUGCCAAGCUUUCCUCAAGGGCUCCAUUGAUUCCAUACUUGCGAAAGUUAGAGGAGAACAAAAAUGAAAUGUCAACAGAGACAUGGGGAAUGGUGAAAUGGCAGGAGGACAUCCCAUUCCUGGCAUCCCAUCCAAAAUGGCAGACUGUAUGACUUAAGGGCAUUAAUAGGGUAAACUACGCUUAAAAUCAUGUUUUCGAGUUUUUUGUGUGUUUAUAUUAAUCAAAAAAGUAUUUAACGUAGGAUGUAAUAAUUUUUUGAAUUUGCACCGCAAAAUGUGUCUUUUGAUGAGUUUUUUAGAUGACAACUAGCAAUUGUUCCAUCUGAUCGUAUAACCGAUAACAGGUAAAUUUGCCAGCUUAGCAUUUGACUAAAAAGCUCUGUUAACCAACCUGUGAACGUUUUUGGCUGUUUUAACAGCUUUCUAUAUUGACGAGAUAAGUGAAUCGCUGUCAAGUAUAUCUCACUAUCUGAGCAACCGAUCGUUACAAAAGGUGCACUAAUUGUUGUUGGGAAUGUGGACUACAGCCUGAUGUCAGGGGUUUUAGAGGAAAUUGUUUGUUUGAAAGUUAUCGUCUU